AUGCUCGCCGGCGACGGCGGGAGCCGGGUCACCUUCGACGACGUCGUCGGCCUCGAGAACGGGAAGCGGUCCCUCAACGAGGCCGUCGUCCUGCCCCUCGUCGCGCCGAAAUUCUUCUCCGGCGCGCGCAAGCCCUGGAACGGCGUCCUCCUCUUCGGCCCGCCGGGCUCGGGGAAGACGCUCCUCGCCAAGGCCGUCGCCGGCGUCCACGGCGUGCGCUUCUUCGACUGCUCGGCGUCGGCGCUGCUCAACAAGUUCUGGGGCGAGUCGGAGAAGAUCGCGCGGACGCUCUUCGCCGUGGCCCGCGAGCUCGCGCCGUCCAUCGUCUUCAUGGACGAGAUCGACGCGCUCAUGGGCGACCGGGGCCGCGAGGCGGCCAACGGGGCCGACGAGUCGAGCCGGCGGCUCAAGGUCGAGCUCCUCGCGCAGAUGGACGGCCUCACGACGUCGGACCCGGAGGACCCGAAGCGCGUCAUCGUCGUCGCCGCGUCGAACCUGCCCUGGGAGCUCGACGACGCGUUCCGCCGGCGGCUCGAGCGCCGCGUCUUCGUGCCCCACCCCGACGCCAAGGACCGGGCGACCAUGCUCCGCGGCUUCCUCGCGGACGUGCCCGUCGCCGCGGACGUCGACUACGAAGCGCUCGCCCGGCGCACGGAGCACUACAGCGGCGCGGACCUCAAGUCGCUCGCGCGCGACGGCGCCUACGCGCCCGUGCGGCGCCUGCUCGCGGCGAAGACGCCCCAGCAGAUCGCCGCGCUGCGGCCCGACGCGCCCGGCGCGACCAUCGACGUGCCCCCCAUCCUCGCGGCGGACCUCGAAGCGGCCCUCGAGCGGACGCGGCCCGCGGCGUCGCCCGCGAGCCUCGCGCGGUACGUCGCCUGGAACGACAAGUUCGGGAGCCAGUAA